CUUUAUUCGAUAUGGGUAAGAUUAAAAUAUCUAAACCUCGAAAGAAGAAAGUUGUUAAAGAAGAUCUGAAAUUGUCAGAUAAUGAAGACAUUUAUGAUGAUAUUGAUAAAUAUCAUAUAAACAAUGAAAAAAAUAUAAACAUUGACCAAGAUCUAAGUCAGGAAGAAAAUGAUACAAUAAAUGAAUCUCUAUUCCCUAUAGAAUCCUCUGAGAAUGAAGAUGACGAAAAUGAGUUGUUACGGAAAGACUUUAACAAAGUUCUAGAAGAAGGUGACAGUGAUAAAGAUGAAGAAUCGGAAUCCGAAGAAAUUACUAGAGAUAACUGGGGAACAUCCAAAUCAAUAUAUUAUAAUUCAGAUUCCGCUUCUCUCAAAGCUGACCAAAAACGAGGUCUAAAAGGUCCAAAGUUAUCCAAAAUCGAGAAAGAAUUGGAACAAAAAGAACUAUUGAGGAUGGAGGAAGAAGAAGCACUAAUAUUACAAAAGCAAAUGAUGGAAGAGCUAAAGGACGAAGAUUUCGGUUUGGAUUUUAUCAACGAAAUGGCCCAAAAAUUUAACGACACAAAUUCUGCGGCGGAUACUGAUUUGUCUAGCAAAGACUUUGCUGACAAUAUUUCUAACCAAAAUACAACUUAUUUACCAAGAGACUUGUCCAACAUGAAUAACAAAGAAAAGAUUUUGUUACUUAAGAAGGAAUCGCCAGAAUUUUUACCCUGGACUAAAGAGGCCUUGCAAUUUUUCAAACUAUUGUCUUCCGUUCUUCAUCCCGUGUUGCGUUGUUAUUACAUAUACAAGGCGUCAACGGAUUACGGAAAUGUAUGCAAAACCAGUGCGGCUGAUCAAGACAUAGCCACAUUAGAAUCAUUAUUUUCGAAUAUAAACCCCCAAAUAAUUAAAUAUCUAUCCCUCAAACGACAUCUUGUCUCUUUGUACCUUGUUAACUUUACCUACUACCUAUACCACAAAUCUUUGAGCCCAAAGACCGCUUCUGACACUCCACAACUAAACGUUUACACCCAUCCCGUAAUGAUUCGUUUGAGGUCUUACAAAAAACUCAUAGAGACAUUGGAUAAGAAAAUUGAUUCCUCCAAUCCAACCCUGCAAGAUGACAUACAAAAUUUAGCAACUUCUUUACCAUCAUCCAUUACUAAAAAUCCAAGGAUCGAUGUCAAAGUCCAUGACAAAUCGGCCAAAGUUACGAUUGAUGAUGUAUCAGCGAACAUUCUUGGUUACCAUCCUAGUCAAUAUCACAAAGUUCUCGAUUUGUCAGAGUCCCUAAGGCCUACUUCACUCAAAACUAUUAGUUCUCCUGGACCCACUUCCAUCCAGAACCGGGAACCAUUUAAAUUAAACAAAGGUAAGGACUCUUACUUUAACACGAAAAAUCAACGUAAGCAAGCGAAAUCUGUCAAAUUCAAGGAGGAAAAUCGUACGACUGAUAUUUACAACUCUUUUCCGGCGGAAGUCGAUAUGGACGGUAAACGCCCUAUCAAUUAUGAAAUGGCUAAAAACAAGGGGCUCACUCCUAAACGCAAAAAAGAGUAUAAGAAUCCUCGAGUUAAACAUAAGAUUCGAUAUAGGAAAGCAUUGAUAAAGCGGAAGAGUCAAGUUAGAAUACCCAAGAGAGAGAUAAAUAAAUACGCUGGGGAAUUAACUGGCAUCAAGAUCGGCUUGAAGCGGAGCAUAAAGAUUCGUUAAGAAAUUUUUUUUUGUCUAAAUAAUUUGUGAAUGAAGGAGAUAAAAUAUGUAAAUAAAUAAAAGUUUAUUUAAA